AUGGGGGAAUUGAGAGGGUCCAACCUGGAGGGGGGAGCAGGCAGGGGGAAGGAGGAGGCACCAAGAGACCAGAGGUGCCUGCAGCCAGGAGCCAGGCAGGCUGCAGGGCUGAGAGGAGAGCCCUGGGAUGCCAGGCAUUCCCCAGGCCCCUCCGCCGUCACCCCCUCCCUGCUGACACUGUCUCUGUCUUCCAGGUCAGUGAAUAAUUUCCUGAUGACGGGCCCCAAGGCCUAUCUCAUCUACUCCAGCAGCGUGGCGGCCGGGGCGCAGAGCGGCAUCGAGGAGUGCAAGUUCCAGUUCGCCUGGGACCGCUGGAACUGCCCCGAGAGGGCACUGCAGCUCUCCAGCCACGGCGGGCUGCGCAGCGCAAACCGAGAAACCGCCUUUGUCCAUGCCAUCAGCUCCGCAGGCGUCAUGUACACACUGACCCGGAACUGCAGCCUGGGGGAUUUUGACAACUGUGGCUGUGAUGACUCCCGCAAUGGGCAGCUCGGUGGGCAAGGCUGGCUAUGGGGAGGCUGCAGUGAUAACGUGGGCUUCGGGGAAGCCAUCUCCAAGCAGUUUGUGGAUGCCCUGGAGACUGGACAAGAUGCCAGAGCUGCUAUGAACCUGCAUAACAAUGAGGCGGGUAGAAAGGCCGUCAAAGGGACCAUGAAGCGGACUUGCAAAUGCCAUGGCGUGUCGGGGAGCUGCACCACCCAGACCUGCUGGCUGCAGCUGCCCGAGUUUCGGGAGGUGGGCACUUACCUCAAGGAGAGGUACCACAAGGCCCUGAAGGUGGACUUGCUGCAGGGGGCAGGGAACAGCGCUGCCAGCCGGGGUGCCAUUGCCGAGACCUUCAGCUCCAUCUCCAAGAAGGAGCUGGUCCACUUGGAAGACUCCCCUGACUACUGCCUGGAGAACAAGACGCUGGGGCUGCUGGGCACGGAGGGGAGGGAGUGCCUGAAGAGAGGCAAGGCGCUCAGCAAGUGGGAGAAGCGGAGCUGCCGGCGGCUGUGUGGGGACUGCGGGCUAGCAGUGGAGGAGAGGCGGGCUGAGAUGGUGUCCAGCUGUAACUGCAAGUUCCACUGGUGCUGUGCUGUGAGGUGCGAGCAGUGCCGCAAAAGGGUCACCAAGUACUUCUGCGUCCGCAAGGAGAAGCGGGAGCGGAGUGGGGGUGGUGGGGCCAGCCGCAAGCUCAAGAGAAAGCUCUAACUGCCCCCUGCUCCUCCACGGUCCUCUCUGCCUCUCCUCUCCUUCCCUUCCCACCUCCCCAGCAGCCCCUGGCACCAUUUCCUUUGGGGUUAGCUUUGUCUCAUUCCCAAGCAAGGCCUCUUCACCCAGCAUCACCUCACUGGGGCUUGGACAAAGCAGAAGAACUCCCCUGGGCCUUGGCCAUACAGGGCAUUUCCUUCUAGUGCAGGGGCUGAUGACCUCUGGGACACUCGUGUUGACAAAACCAGGUGAGAUUUGGGCCCUUCAACCCAAGUUUACUCUAUCCAGUGACUCUUUUUAUUGCCGAAAAUGCAGCUGGUCUCUGUGGCUCCUGCUCCUUUCAGCUUUUCUGUUCCCCAAGCAAGUACUGCUCACGCUGCUCUGGGCUUUUAAGCAAACAAGAUCAACACUCAUGAAAACAUGAGGAAGCUAAGACGGCACCACUAAAUGUGGGCCACUCAGAGUGGUAUACCCUAAAACAGAAGAGGCUUAUAGUAACAAAAAAAGAGGCCCUAAAAGAAAAUGGUUACUGCUUUUUAUUAAGCCCUGCACUAUGAGGAAAGAGAAAAGGUAUGCAACUCUUUUCCUGUAGUGAGCCAGCCUCUGUGAGGCCCACAGCAUCACCUCCCAUCCCUUCACAGCUCUGCUAAACUCUCCAAUGCUUCACUUUGCAACUGAGACAGCAGCAGCAAAAUUCAAGCUGCUGCUUGACCUGCCCAUUAAACAUUUGUCCUAAGAAGGGGUCACAUCACUUACUUUUUUAUAUGC